UAUUAGUAGUUUAUAUUAAAAAUUUAUUAAUUAAUUUAAUGGUUACAUGUUAAUUUUUAAAACAAUUUAUCCUCUGCACUAGUAUAAUAGGAAAACAGAGAGUGAGUGAGGUUUAGUAAAAGGAGCAGUAAUUCAGAGGAGAGAUGCAUCGGGCGGUGGUAGAAGAAGAAGAAGACGACGAACGACGUCGUGAAAGAAAAAGGGAGGAGGCUCUGGAAGUCAAAUCCCUUCGCCGUAUUAUUAGUGCUUAUCUCAACUAUGCAGAUGCUGCCAAAGAGGAUGUGAAAAGAUAUGAGAGAUGUUUUAAGAAGCUUCCAGCUGCGCACAAGGCAUUAAUAUCACACUAUCCUCUGAAGUUUCAAAACUUAAGAAGCUCUAUUUCCGUGAAUUCAUACUUCAUAUACAACAUGCUUCAGGCAUUUGAACCUCCUCUAGAUAUGAGCCAAGACAUGGAUGGUUGUGAUCUUGAUCUUGCCUCGAAUGAGCAUAAUUCAAGCCAGCAAAAUUGCUUCUCUACCGAAAACAUUUGCCAUCCUCAAUCUGGUGAAGCUUGUUGGGGACAAGAGAGCAAAAUGAUGUGUAGGUCAUUAGAUAGGGCCACUACCAAUGAGGAGGUGCAAAUUGAAGGUUGCUGUGAGCCUGGGAGCCAACAGGCAUGCCUGCAAAAUAACAAAACAACACUUGAGCGUGCUGAAAAUGAUUGUACCAAUACCAAUGGAAAUAUUGCCUUGUCACAUCUUGGUUGGUUCGGUCAAUCACAUCAGCUGAAUGUUCCUUUGGCCGAUGUGGAUAAGGUCCGAUGUAUAAUAAGGAAUAUAGUAAGAGAUUGGGCAGAAGAGGGAAAGAAAGAGCGUAACGAAUGCUACAAGCCUAUCCUUGACAAGCUUGAUUCACUAUUUCCUAAUCGCAGAAAGGAUAGUCCUCCGACAUGUCUAGUACCUGGUGCUGGACUUGGACGACUGGCUUUGGAGAUUUCAUGUUUGGGUUUUGUAAGUCAGGGAAAUGAAUUUUCUUACUAUAUGAUGAUAUGCUCAAGUUUUCUUCUUAACCAUACCCAGACCGCUGGAGAGUGGACUAUAUAUCCAUGGAUCCAUAGCAAUUGCAAUUCAAUUUCAGACAGUGAUCAACUUCGUCCUGUUUCAGUACCUGAUAUUCAUCCAGCAAGUGCAGGGAUCACUGAAGGGUUUUCCAUGUGUGGUGGCGACUUUGUUGAAGUGUACAGUGAUCCAAGCCAAGUAGGAGUUUGGGAUGCAGUUGUCACUUGCUUUUUUAUUGAUACGGCGCACAAUAUUAUUGAAUACAUUGAAAUAAUAUCUAGAAUUUUGAAAGAUGGAGGAGUUUGGAUAAAUUUGGGACCCCUGCUUUAUCAUUUUGCAGAUACUUACGGGGAAGAUGAGAUGUCCAUUGAAUUGAGUUUGGAAGAUGUGAAGCGAGUUGCUUUGCAUUUUGGAUUUCAGUUGGAGACGGAAACAAGAAUUGAGACAACGUACACAACAAAUCCUCGAUCUAUGAUGCAAAACCGGUAUUUCACUGCAUUUUGGACUAUGAGAAAGAUGUGCGUGGCAACAGAGAAGCAUUAAUUGCUCGCUCCUUUUUUAUGUGGUAUCAUCCAAAGUAUGUGCAAAUAAAUCAUGGAUGUAGGAGUUUCAUUUGAAAAUCUUCCAAUGUAUUGUGCUGUCAAUUUUUUUAUUUAUCAAAUUAUUAGUUUUGUUAAUUUCCGCUAGUAUUUGAUGUAAAUUUAGAUUUGGAUUGAGCUACACAAGGAUUUGAAUUAUCUCGGGGUUUUUAUUUAUUUGCUUAUAAAACAGGGGGAAAAGGCGCAAAAUUAUUUGAA